GUUAGGGUUAGGGUUAGGGUUAGGGUUAGGGUUAGGGUUAGGUUAGGGUUAGGGUUAGGGUUAGGGGUUAGGGUUAGGGUUAGGGUUAGGGUUAGGUUAGGGUUAGGGUUAGGGUUAGGGUUAGGGUUAGGGUUAGGGUUAGGGUUAGGGUUAGGGUUAGGGUUAGGGUUAGGGUUAGGGUUAGGGUUAGGGUUAGGGUUAGGGUUAGGGUUAGGGUUAGGGUUAGGGGUUAGGGUUAGGGUUAGGGUUAGGGUUAGGGUUAGGGUUAGGGUUAGGGUUAGGGUUAGGGUUAGGGUUAGGGUUAGGGUUAGGGUUAGGGUUAGG